AUGCUAUCGGCUAAUUAUACGUCACAGUGCAUCAAUAAGACUAUUGCCAAAAGGUACCUCAACAUUUCUACACAGUAUCGGAAGGUAUCGCAGGAUGUCAGUAGGGGUUCUUUCAACGAAGAGAGAUUCAUAGCAGACGAGGAGAGGUUUGCUGCUACCAGACGUGCAGAAGUGCUGCCAGAGCUUAAAGUACUGGAGGACAACAUGCGCGAGGUCUCCGGGUUUCAAACCGCAACGGCAAUGGAGAGGGAAAACGACUAG